AUGCCACAAUUUUUAAUCCGCAUUUUCUCUGGUGGAAGGAGUUCGUCAGCUGUGGAUGUGCCAACGCCUCCACCAUCGUUAGAAAAGGAGGUCGCUGAGUUAUGUGGCAAAUACCCUCCUUCUGAGGUCCUCAAGGUCUUAGCUGAAAUGUCGAACUUGGGCAUGAACCUCUCCGCGACGGGGAUUUGA